AUGGAUGCACAGUCACAACGUGUAGCUAGAUGGUUGGAAGAGACGGACGAAGAGGAGGAGAAUGAUUUGGAGGACCUGCCGAGUAGCGAAGAUGAAGAAGAUUGUUGUUUAGAAGAAAGACACGAUUCUGAGUCGGAGCAAGAAAGCGAUGUAGGGGAACAGAUAAUCCCAGAUACUCCAUCUGCAUUGCAGCCGUUAUCAGAGUCAAGCUCAGACGAGGAUGUUCCAUUGGCCAAUUUAAGGAUUUACAAAUCUAAGUCAGCUUCACCGACAGUUAUUUUAUCACCAAGUCCUCAAAAGUCAAUACCUACCACUAAUACUAUAUCCACUAGACCAGAAAUAGAUAACACCUCCUGCAAAAGACUAAACCAACAUGAAAACAUCAACCAAUAUUAUAAUUUAGAAGAGCCUUACAUUGACGGUAUUGCACCUUUGGCAAAUGAAUUUGUUCUAGAGUCGAUAUCCAAUAACAACCACGAGGAAACAAUUACUACUCCAAUUCUUCCAUGUAGCUCAACAUCUGUCGCUUCAGCUAAUGUAAUUAACCUUCCAACGCCUCCCAUCGCAUCAGAAAAUAAUAAAGUCGUAGCUCCGGAAAUAGAAGCAACUGUGUCUCAGCCAUUAUUAGUGACUGAGAGUAACCACAAGCCUAGAAAAAGACAAAGAAACAUGGACAUGUGGACAAAAGUUAAAAUAAAGAAACUUCGAAAUAUAGGUGCACAGCCACAAAAAUGUAUGAGAGAGCCUUGCGCUGAAGCUGAAGUGUUUUGA